AUGGAUCAUGUUUUAAUAUAUAAUAAUGGGAUAGUUGUUGUUAUAGAAGACAUAAAAGAUGCAGAACUAUUUGAAUUAGUCAAGAUUGGAUAAGACAAACUUCUUGGCGAAAUCAUUAAAUUGGAAGGUGAUAAAGCUUAUGUUCAAUGUUAUGAAGAUACUUGUACUAAAAUUAAUUUAUUUAAACAGCUAGUUUGUCUGUGGGUGAUCCAACAAUAUUAACUAAGAGUCCACUGUCUGUUGAAUUAGGACCAGGUAGGAUAUUUUUAUUGAUUUAGGUAUUUUUACACAAAUUUUUGAUGGGAUUCAAAGACCAUUAUAAGAGAUUACAGAAGGACUAUCCUUAUCUUAUAUACCUAAGAAUGUUAAUAUUCUAGGACUAGAUUAAGAUCGAGUUUGGGAAUUCAAACCAUCUCCUUCAAUUAAAUUAGAUUCAAUAAUUUCUGGAGGUGAUAUUUAUGGAUCAGUGUUUGAAAAUAAUCUUAUUGAAGAGCAUAACAUUUUGGCAUCACCUAAUGUUUAAGGAAGGGUAACUUAUAUUGCAUCUGCAGGCAAUUAUACAUUACAAGAUAAAGUGUUAGAAGUAGAAUUGAAUGACAAAAAAUAUCAAUAUGGAAUGAGUCAUCUCUGGCCUGUAAGACAACCCAGACCUAUUCUUGAGAAAUUGCAUAGUAAUACACCGAUCAUUACAGGAGUUAGAAUACUAGAUGGUUUAUUUUCAGCCUUCUUGGGAGAAACUUGUUGUAUUUCUGGACCAGCUGAAUGUGGAUAUCUUGAGAUCUCUUUAGCUUUAACCAAAUAAUCAAAUACUUAAUGUAUGAUAUACAUAGGGUGUGCUGAAAGUGGAAAUGAAAUGGCUUCUGUACUUAGUGAAUAUCCAGAAUUGACAAUUGAAUUUAAAGAUAAAAAGGAAUCCGUAAAUUAACGUACCUGUUUGGUUGCUAAUCCAUCUAAUACCUCGUUAGGUAAAAGGAAUGCUUCUCUUUAUGCUGGAACAACUUUUGCUGAAUAUUUUAGAGAUAUGGGUUUCAAUGUUGGCUUGAUAGCUGACUAGACUUCGAAAUGGAUUGAAACUUAAAAUGAAAUUUCAAAAAGUAUAGGCCGACUAUUUUCAGAAUAAGAGUAUCCUACUUUUUUAGGAUCAAAAUUAUCUUCAAUUUAUCAAAGAGCUGGGAAGGUCAAAUGUAUAGGUUCACCUAAUAGAGAAGGAUCUAUUUCUCUUUUUGGUGUUGUCUCAACAGAAGUAUCUUAUCAUUAUUGAUUUUAGGAUAUUAAAGAUCCUAUUACAAAAGCCACUUUGAUGAACACAAAAGUAUUUUGGAGAUUGGAUAACUAAUUGAAAAUAAAAAAGCAUUUUCCUGCUGUCAAUUGGGAAAUUUCAUAUUCUGAUUAGAAUUCAGAACCUUAUUUCAAUGAAAUUGAUCCAGACAUUUUGUAAUUAAGAAACAAGCUCAAACAUAUCCUAAAAUAAUAGUCAAUCCUUUUGGANGAAGUUACUUGUACUAAAAUUAAUUUAUUUAAACAGCUAGUUUGUCUGUGGGUGAUCCAACAAUAUUAACUAAGAGUCCACUGUCUGUUGAAUUAGGACCAGGUAGGAUAUUUUUAUUGAUUUAGGUAUUUUUACACAAAUUUUUGAUGGGAUUCAAAGACCAUUAUAAGAGAUUACAGAAGGACUAUCCUUAUCUUAUAUACCUAAGAAUGUUAAUAUUCUAGGACUAGAUUAAGAUCGAGUUUGGGAAUUCAAACCAUCUCCUUCAAUUAAAUUAGAUUCAAUAAUUUCUGGAGGUGAUAUUUAUGGAUCAGUGUUUGAAAAUAAUCUUAUUGAAGAGCAUAACAUUUUGGCAUCACCUAAUGUUUAAGGAAGGGUAACUUAUAUUGCAUCUGCAGGCAAUUAUACAUUACAAGAUAAAGUGUUAGAAGUAGAAUUGAAUGACAAAAAAUAUCAAUAUGGAAUGAGUCAUCUCUGGCCUGUAAGACAACCCAGACCUAUUCUUGAGAAAUUGCAUAGUAAUACACCGAUCAUUACAGGAGUUAGAAUACUAGAUGGUUUAUUUUCAGCCUUCUUGGGAGAAACUUGUUGUAUUUCUGGACCAGCUGAAUGUGGAUAUCUUGAGAUCUCUUUAGCUUUAACCAAAUAAUCAAAUACUUAAUGUAUGAUAUACAUAGGGUGUGCUGAAAGUGGAAAUGAAAUGGCUUCUGUACUUAGUGAAUAUCCAGAAUUGACAAUUGAAUUUAAAGAUAAAAAGGAAUCCGUAAAUUAACGUACCUGUUUGGUUGCUAAUCCAUCUAAUACCUCGUUAGGUAAAAGGAAUGCUUCUCUUUAUGCUGGAACAACUUUUGCUGAAUAUUUUAGAGAUAUGGGUUUCAAUGUUGGCUUGAUAGCUGACUAGACUUCGAAAUGGAUUGAAACUUAAAAUGAAAUUUCAAAAAGUAUAGGCCGACUAUUUUCAGAAUAAGAGUAUCCUACUUUUUUAGGAUCAAAAUUAUCUUCAAUUUAUCAAAGAGCUGGGAAGGUCAAAUGUAUAGGUUCACCUAAUAGAGAAGGAUCUAUUUCUCUUUUUGGUGUUGUCUCAACAGAAGUAUCUUAUCAUUAUUGAUUUUAGGAUAUUAAAGAUCCUAUUACAAAAGCCACUUUGAUGAACACAAAAGUAUUUUGGAGAUUGGAUAACUAAUUGAAAAUAAAAAAGCAUUUUCCUGCUGUCAAUUGGGAAAUUUCAUAUUCUGAUUAGAAUUCAGAACCUUAUUUCAAUGAAAUUGAUCCAGACAUUUUGUAAUUAAGAAACAAGCUCAAACAUAUCCUAAAAUAAUAGUCAAUCCUUUUGGAAGUGACAGCAGAUGUGAAAAGAGAAUAGCUUUCAAUAGAUUAAAUACUUACUUUGGAAGUAAUAUAUAAUAAUAUGUUUUUAGAUUGCAAAAAUCAUCAGGGAAGAUUUCUUAUUCUAAAAUUUCUAUUGUGAAUAUGAUUUCAAUUGUCCUUUUUUAAAAACAAUAGGUAUGAUGAGAUGCAUAGUUUUAUUUUAUGAAUCGGCCAACAAGGUUAUUUCAGAGAAUAAUUCACUUAAAUGGGAUAAAUUAUUAAAUUAAACCUGGUGCGAAUUUAACUAAUUAUCCAGAAUGAAAUUCUUGGUAAUAUUUUAAGCAUAUUUAAGGAUCCAAAUUCAUCAAAAUAAGAAAUAGAUGAUUAUUUUACAUAAUUUACUGAUUCAAUUAAUUCGGCAUUUUAAACUCUAAGUGUUCAAUGA